AUGGACGCCACACUGCCGGGCAAUGAACACGCGACCUCAAGAGUCCUAUUCUUUCGCCGCAACAUGCAAUGGGAACAUGUGCUCAAGUCUGCCGCUGUCACAGUGGGUCUGCGUCCCUCUGAACCCGUCAUCCUGGUCGAGUCUGCAAACCGCUCGCGGAUUGACUCUGUGACGGCGCUGUGCUUGGCUGCUUUGGAGCACCCGCCCCGCGAGGUGCUCGUCUCUCGCAGUGAAGUGCAGCAAACGCCAGCUCGUUCAACGCCAACCCCGCCACGACUACUCAACACGAGUAGCAGCAAGAGCGCGGCAUCCAUGACAUCGUCGGAUUGGUCACCCUCCUCGCGCACCUUUGCCACGCUUGACUUGAAGCCGCCAUCGAUUUCCGCGCAUACUGCCGAGGCACUUAGUGGUCUACAGAUGCUGAGCAAGGUAGCGCUGCAACCCACAGACACGGCAAGCUUUUCGCUCGGCGCCGGCUUGCUGCUUCGACGAGAACCCACAACUUCCGUUCCCAUGUCCAUUGACCUCCAAGAGGAACAACCCAGCCCCGUCAGCAUGGAACGAUAUCAACUGCAGCAGCUUUCCGCGCAGUCGCCAACAGUGCAGUCGUCGACGAAGGUGCCAGCUCGGGCGUUCGCCCGUGCAAGGCGUCGCUACGUCGGCCCUGAGCGCUUCGACAACGACAGCAACUCGGUUGCUCCAACACUGUCCAAUCCUGAUUUCCACGACAUGGAUGGUUUCGACGCCGCGGCAGACCGUCGUGACGCGAACGAUUCUUCCAGUGCCGACGACAGCGACUCCUCCUUCAAACCCUACACUCGCCGCAAGCGAGCCCGCUCCAUCCAGCACGCGGUGAUGGGCAGGCGCAUCCACAAACGCGAGUACGAGCACCUCGAGGAUGAUGAUGAUGAUGAUUCUGAUGACUCUAUCAGUGAGGAUACCAAUGAGGUCGACUCCGACAAUUCCAGCGUCAUAACUGACUCGGACGUGGACGUGGAGUCUCCAUUGUUUCGUCCUGAGAAGGCUUCCAAAAAACCCCUUCCGACAGGUCAAGUCCGACUCUUGAGAAUGUGGGUGAUGACCAGAAACGACAUUGACCGGCUGGCGCUGAAUUACGUGCCACGAAUCUGCUCAUCGUCGCCCGGGUUGUGGCACAAGCACCGCCAAGGUAAUGCCCCAACGUUGCGUCGCUGGAAGAUGACACCCGCUCCAGCCGUACUUCCCGCAAGCCUCUCAGAGCGCAGCCCUCCAGUGUCUUCGCCGUUUGCGAUUGCACAACGAUGCGUCUCAUCCCCACCCCGAAUCCGAGGGCCAACUGCAGUCAAGCGCGCAAAGACCUGGCGACGACGCCCGAGCAGAUACCUAGCUCCAGUGUUCAUGGAGCUGUACACGGUGGCACAAAAGAUUGACCGGUUCAAGUCCGGGUUUACGUACCACUCUGUCAUUCUCGAACAGGAGGAGCGUCUGCUUGCAGGUCAUGAGGACUUUAUCCGAGCACAACUUGCGGAUCCGACCGAUACGAGCGUGCGGCACUCUGCCCUCACCUUGAGAGAAGCCGUCAAGGAGGCAAUCAUCUACAAACACAUGUUUGCACAAAGUUUUCCGGACUCUUCCCGCGAGAUUGGGGUCAGAUUUGCCGUUCCGAUGCUGGAGCAUUGGAAAGCCAAACCGCAGACUCGCCCGCAAUGGAUUACAGACUCGUUCGAUUUCGACGAAGCCAUCCAGCGACAACACCAGUGGCCUUCGUCGACAACGCUGGCUCACUUGUAUUUUUAA